UAACUGACUGCGCGCCCGGCAGUCGGGCGAGCCGCCGCUCGUUGUUGUGCGGUCGCGGCCCUGGCCACCGAGGUGCCGCUCGCCUCCAGGCCGCAUGGCCCGCGGCUGCUGCCCGCCGCUCUCCGCCCGUCACCGGGCCCUGCCUCCCGCGGCUUCCGGAGCGCCGUGCAUCUGGGUCUUGCCGCCUCCUCCUCGAGCGGCUCGGGGCCGGCCGGCCAGUUGCCAGGGUAGAGAGGAUCUGGCAAUGGAGGCCUUGUUGGAAGGAAUACAAAAUCGGGGGCAUAGUGGGGGAUUUUUGACAUCUUGUGAAGCAGAGCUGCAAGAGCUCAUGAAACAGAUCGAUAUAAUGGUGGCUCAUAAGAAAUCUGAGUGGGAGGGGCAGACGCACGCUUUGGAGACUUGUUUGGACAUCCGAGAUCGGGAGCUGAAGGCUCUGAGGAAUCAGCUGGACAUGAAGCAUAAAGAGGUGGAAAUAUUGCAUCAACAGAUAGAAGAACAUGAAAAAACCAAGCAAGAAAUGGCCAUGGAGUAUAAGCAGGAGCUAAAGAAGCUGCAGGAAGAAUUAGGCAGACUGAAGAAAAGCUAUGAGAAACUACAGAAAAAGCAAAUAAGAGAAUUUAGAGGAAAUACGAAAAGUCUGCGGGAGGAUCGAUCAGAGAUUGAGAGGCUCACUGGAAAAAUAGAGGAAUUCCGCCAGAAGUCUCUGGACUGGGAGAAGCAGCGGUUGAUUUAUCAGCAACAGGUAUCUUCUCUGGAAGCACAGAGGAAGGCUCUGGCUGAACAGUCAGAAAUAAUCCAGGCCCAGCUUGCCAACCGGAAACAGAAAUUGGAGUCUGUAGAACUGUCCAGCCAGUCAGAAAUCCAGCACCUGAGCAGCAAGCUCGAGCGGGCCAAGGACACCAUCUGUGCCAAUGAACUGGAAAUAGAGCGCCUUAAUAUGAGGGUCAACGACCUGGUGGGAACCAACAUGACUAUCCUGAAGGAGCAGCGGCAAAAAGAGGAGAAACUGAGGGAAUCUGAAAAGUUAUUGGAGGCUCUGCAGGAAGAACAGAAAGAGUUGAAGGCAAGUCUUCAAUCUCAAAGCUUCAUCCUUGAGGCAAGAAUGCAGGAGAAACUGCAAACAAAAUUAAUGGCAGUUGACACUCAGCUCACAGUAGACAGCACAAGGCCUCUGGAGAACUGUCAAGUAGAAAGGAGGUACAUCUCUCAAGGGCAGGGGGUUGUGGAUGAUGUGCUCUCCCACUUGAACUACAGUCAUACCAGUGAAGAACUCCUGCAGGCAGAAGUGACUCAUCUUGAAGGCAGUUUGGAAUCCGUGAGUACAACAUGCAAACAGCUGAGCCAGGAACUGAUGGAAAAAUAUGAAGAACUGAAGAAGAUGGAAGGGCAUAACAAUGAGUACAGGACAGAGAUAAAGAAGUUGAAAGAACAGAUUUUGCAGGCUGAUCAGACUUAUAGCUCUGCACUAGAAGGAAUGAAGAUGGAAAUCUCCCAGCUAACUCGGGAAUUACACCAGCGAGAUAUUACUAUUGCUUCUGCCAAGUGUUCUUCCUCAGACAUGGAAAAGCAGCUGAAGGCAGAGAUGCAAAAGGCAGAAGAAAAGGCUGUAGAGCAUAAGGAGAUUCUGAAUCAGCUAGAAUCUCUCAAGUUAGAAAAUCGCCGUCUUUCUGAAACAGUGAUGAAGCUGGAACUGGGCCUGCAUGAGGUCAAAUGUCUGAAGAGUGAAUUCUCUUUUUCUGAACUUCCAGGGAGCAUUCUGCCUCCAAAAAGAUGCAUAGUCACACAAGUAUUUGCUCUCAAGUAGUUGCAGUUUCAGUCAUGGAGGCUGAGAUCGAAGAAAGUACAAAAGGCUAGAAGAACACUUUAUUUCAACUAGAAAAAUGGGGGCUAUUUUUAUAAUCUUUCAGAUGGGUAAGAUUUUCUAAGCAUCGUGAAGCCAUAAAGGAUUUUACAAUGUAAAAAUGUAAAAUUUCUGGAUGGCAGAAGACUCCAUUAAAAAGACUGAUGGUAGAAGCCAGGUAUGGCGGCUCAGGCUUAUAAUCCCAGCUAUUUGGGAGGCUGAGGUAGGAGGACCAAGAGUUCAAGGCCAAACUGGGCGAAGACCCUGGCUCAGAAUAAAAGUACAAAAGGCUUGGGAAUAUAGUAUAGCUUAGAGGGAGAGUGCUUGCCUAGCAUGAGGCCUGGAUUGAUAUCUCUAGCGCUGCAAAAGAAGUAAAAACCAAGUGAAUAGACAAGGAGAAGUAAUCUAUAAGCAGACACAAGGCUAACAUAAAGUAUCAACAAAUAAGAAUGUCCUACAAAGAUAAUAGAAAAGAUCCAGUAGGAAAAGAGCAAAGAACUAAGUAGAUGUUUCAUAGAAAUUUAAAUUCAAGUGAGCGACGGAAGCUGUUCAACUUCCCUAAUAACUAAAACUUCUAAAAAUAAAGAUUUUCUUGCUAAUAGGCUUGAUAAUGAUUUUAAAAGCUAGUAUAUGGCCUCUGUUGGCAGUAUUUAGAGAAUGGGCCCUCCCCUGCACAUCGAUAUUGCUUUCGGGACAAUUGAGCCAUGGACAUUAAGCUUGUAAAUGCAUAUGGCCCCAAGUAUACCUGGGUAAUUUACAUUUGUGAUAUUAAUAGUCAUGUUCUUCAGUGUCCUCAGCAGUUUGCAUCCCCAAGGAACCCAUCUUGUAGGAGUAAAAGUUCAGAAAUGGGCACAGCAGGUAUUGUGAAAUAAACUGGCAACUGAAAUGGUUGAUUUGUGAUUACUUAACUAUGCUGUCAUUUAAGACAGCAGAUGGAAAUACUCAUUCCGUUUUGCUACCACUCCACAUCUCUGAUACUAUAGUGAAAGAAUUUUUUUAAAGCACAAACCCAUAUGGAUAAGAAAAAAAGAGAGGCGGCAGUAGCCAAACAUGUACAAUUAUUUAUUUUUAUUUGUGUGUGUGUGUGUGGUCAGAGCUUGUCUGGAUGUGUGUGGGCACAUGUGUGUAUGUUUGUGUGUGCACGUGUCCACUAGAGCCUGAUACUUGCUGUCUUUCUCUGUCAUUCUCCACUUCAUGUAUUGAGGCAGGCUCUCUCACUUGAACCCUGAGCUUGCCAGUUGGGCUGGUCUGGCUAGCCAGCUUGCUCCAGAGGUUCUUUCUCCUCUUUCCAAGUCCUCCGAUUAUAGGCAUUCUAUCAUGUCCACUCAGCCAGCAUUUACAUCAGUGUUAUAGAUUGGAGCUUGAGUCCUCUUGCAUGGCAAGUACUUUACUGACUGAACCAUCAUCUCAAUCCCAUUUUAUAAUAGCUAAACAUUUUAUAAAGGAGGUACAAGAUGGAUGGAGGCAGGGGUUGGGGCCACUUGGCUAACCAGCUGCCUGGCUCAGUGAUGGGAUGGAUGGACAAUAAAUGGAUGGAUUAGUGGGUGAGAGGGUAAAUGGAUGAGAAGAUAGGUAGGUGAGUGAGAGUGUAGGCAAGAGAUGACUUUGCAUGCCCUGAUAAAGCUGACACUGAAUGAGGAGUAAUUCAUGAAUUAAUCUGAUUUACACUACAGAGUCCUUUAAAGAUGUGCCAUUUAGCCGAAUUAGACUUAGAGACCCUUAUGUGGUGCAGUGGGUCCCUGUUGACACUUAAGUACUGAGAGCUUCCAAGAAUGUUGAAGACAGACCCUGCCUAGAGUUCUCCUGAACCCUGAUGGGAACACUAACCCUUCUUUACUCGCUAAGUUCAUGCCUGCUACACAGUUGUCAUGCUGCCUUUCCCAUUCAUGUACCUCGAGCAAUUGUUAAUAAAGUACUAACUCUUGGAGUUUUUAGAAAGAUGCAUGGAAAGACAAGUAUUAUCUUUUUUUAGGUAUGUGCAGUAAUUUUCAAUCUUCCUAAUGCUUCAGCCAUUCAAUACAGUUCCUCAUGUUAUGGUGACCCCAAAUAUAAAAUUGCUUUUGUUGCUACCUCGUAACUAUAAUUUUGCCAUUGUUAUGAAUCAUAAAUGUAAGUAGAGAUAGAGGUUUGGUGACAGAGGUUUGCCAAAGGGGUCAUGACCCAUAGGUUAAAAACGACUGGUUUAAUGAUUUCAGACAUCAAACUGGUAAAAGUCCAGUUUUAGCUUUCUCUAGUUUCAGAGUUUCAUACAGCAUGAAUAUAUGUACAGAUUAUCAAAACAUAAUAUGCUUUUCUCAUGUUACCACCUAUGAAGGAUUAAUUUUCCAAACUAGUCUAAUUAUACUGACGGCAGCAGCUAUGAUUAAUAUUGGCCACUUUAAAGAUGGAGUAGUUCACAGUGUACACUGUGCUACAAAUACAAGAUGGGUAGUUGACAGUGUAGCCGUGUGUCCUGAAAAUAUGAUUCUCCGAGAUACUGUGAGAUGUGGGCGGCUCCUGAAAGAUCUGUGAUCCCCAGUUUACAGAUCUGUUUACACCUUUGUUACUUGACAGUAAGUUAUGUUCUUCAGAACUCUAUUGACCAGCUUACAUUCACAACCUUUUUUAUUUUUUUAACAGAGAAUGAAAUAAAGUCAAACUGUGAAGAUCACUAUAACUUUUUACAAUUUCUUUUUAUUUUAUGUGCAUUUGUGUUUUGUCUGUAUGUAUGUCUGUGUGAGGGUGUCAGAUCCUGGAGUUAUGAAUAGUUGUGAGCUGCCAUGUGGAUGCUGGGAAUUGAACCCAGGUCCUCCAGAAGAGCAACCAGUGCUCUUAACUGCUGAGCCAUCUCUCCUACCAUAAUUUUGUAGAAUGCUAAUUAAAACAUAUCAGUAGGGAAAAAAAAGUAGACCUGUUUUUCAGGAAAUAAGAUGUAUGAUCACAGUCCAUGGUAGGAAUUCCUGCCAUAAAUGUGAGUCCUGUUUUUAUGUUGCUAACUUUUUAUAAAAGUGGGUGCAAAGAGCACCUAAGA